ACUUAAAAAAUAUAAACAAGGACUACAUGAGAUUCAGUAUAAAACCAAAGCAGCCUCCAGGCCCUCGAAGAGUCAUCGGCUCGCAAUCAUUCCCUCCAUAAGUCCCACUUCUUUUGCCCACAGCUCCAGAUACCAAAACCAAACCCCCAAAGCCUCAACCAUCACCAGCUAGCUACUCAUGGACGUCAAUGCUCAUCUGGGGCUUGAUGAUGACCCAUCCACUCGCUCAACAUGGUCUCAUCGUGCAUGGAUGGCAGCUGGGUUUACCACAGUUCUCAUAUGUCUAGCAAAGUCCAUAAUAGGUGCAGCCAAUUCCCACACAUGGCUCCAACCCAUUUUAGCAGCCUUCAUAGGCUACGUGCUGGCCGACCUUGUGUCCGGAUUCUAUAAUUGGGGCAUUGACAAUUAUGGCACUACCUCUACACCAUUUUUUGGUCCCCAAAUAAAAGCAUUUCAAGUUCACCAUAAGUUGCCAUUGGCAAUAACCAGGCUUCAAUUUGCCAACAAUUUGCACGCACUUGCUCGUGCUAUGGCCUUUACAUUGCUUCCUUUCAACCUUUUUUGUGACGACUCAACAGUCCUUGGCUUUGUUGGUGUGUGCUCAGGUUGCAUUAUGUUUACACAGCAAAUUCAUGCUUGGGCUCAUGGCCCAAAGACCCGGCUUCCUCCCCUGGUGGUGGCACUGCAGGAUCUCGGCCUACUCAUAUCGCGAUCGCAACAUGCCCCGCAUCACCGGCCGCCUUAUAACAACAAUUACUGCGUCGUAAAUGGGGUUUGGAAUGAGUUUUUGGAUAAGCACAAGGUUUUUGAGGCAUUGGAAUUGGUUGUGUUUUUGAAGCUUGGUGUGAGACCAAGAUCUUGGGAUGAACCCAACUCUGACUGGAUUGAAGAAACUGAUAACCCAUCUCAAAUGAUAGCCAAUUCAUGAUCAUUUUUCUCCCCUUGUUCAUAGAAUAGGACAUAUGUAAAUAAAUAAACAAAAUUUCUUAAAAUUAAUUAAGGAUGAUAUAAACGUAGUAAACCUUUUUCAUAAAAAUAAGAUAUAUGUAGAUGUUGGUGUUAUACCCUGGAGGGCUUAUUUGCUCUGAUGAUUCACCAACCAAACCACACCACAGCAUGCCCUCAGAGUCUUUUUAGCAAACAGGUGAAAGGCCAGCAUAAGAUAAGAACCAGUAACCCCACCUCUCAAGAAUCUCAAAACCAACCCAUCUCCCACUACUAUUUGUAUUUGUACGCUUAGUCUAAUGUUAAAACUAAUGAAGAAUAAGCUUUUAGAUCAUUGUUUCGACCAAGUAAAAAAAAAAGUCUCCAAGUUGAAUUUCAACUCAAAGAUCAAGAUAUCAGACUCAAAGCCCACUCCUUCAUAAAAUAAAAAUCUAAUUUCGUGUUCUUACUAUCAAUUACAUGAUUAUUGAUCAUACCGAGUAUCCCUAAUAAAAAGGAUCCGGCUUUAUCAACACUGGUUUGAACUUUGAACUUUUAAACAAUAAACCAUCUACUUAAGACCCAUUUUAUGGCCCAUUAUUCAAUGCAAAAACUGAUCAAACAUUUGCUAUCAUUGGCAAAUAAAUGG